AUGGAUAAUAGAAAUAAAUGUGUUGAGUGUGGAGGUAUUAGUUUCAGAAUCGAAGAAGGUCAGUAUGUUUGCAAUGAAUGUAAUUACGUAUGUGAAAUCGUUAUAGAACAAUUUGAGGAUAAUUUUGAUCUUGAAUUUGAUGAAAUCGAAGAUGAUGAAUAUGUUGAGAAGGAUAUAUAUUAUAUUAUAAAAAAAUUAUAUAAAGAUGAACAUUUAAGUAAUAAUAUAAAGAAAUAUGUAUUUAAAGAAAAUGAUGAAUUUUUUAUAACUUAUCAAAAUGUGUUAAUAAAAUUUAUUGAAACCCUUAUUACAGCACAUAAAUUUCCUAUGUUUAUAUAUGAUGAAAUAAAAAAAAUAUGGUUUUAUUUAUUAGAGAAGAAUAUAGAAAAUAUGAAUGUUUAUGUACCAUUUGGAACAUUUAGUGAUUCUUUAAAAUUUGUAUAUGAAGUUAUAACAAAUAAAAAAAUCCUUGAUACUUUUCAAAAUAUUCAAAACGAUCAAAAUGUAUAUAAAGAAAUAAAAACUGUAAUUGAAAAAAUGAGUUUAAGUAAAAUAUCUUAUUAUUUUGAUAUACAAAAAGAUUAUAUUAAUCAUAUAAUAAAUAUGUCCUCUUUCUAUCCAAAAAAAAGUGAAAUAGGGAGACAGUAUAAUAUAAGGCUAUCUAAAUUAUAUAAAAAAACAAACUUAUUAGAUAAUGAUAUACAAAAUAAAGAAAAUUUUCAUAAAUUCAAUCAACUUAUAAAAUCUAUGAACAAAAAUACAAAAACAGAUGACAAUAUUAAUAAUGUCAACAAAAAAAUAAAUCCAUCAUAUAUACAACAAAAUCAGAAGGAUACAUCUAAUUAUUAUUUAAAUCCGAUUGAUAAUGAUAUAAGUCAUAUAUCACAAGGAAGAGAACCUUUUUUAAAUUUCAAUUCUUUUGAUGAUCAAAAGGAAGAUGAUUAUAGAAAUAAUGUAAUAACAUAUGACCAUGAUAUUCAAGAGAAUAAUAAUAUAACUACACAUAAUAAUAACAACAAUAAUAACAAUAAUAAUAAUAAUAAUAAUAAUAAUGUGUAUACAACUAAUGAUAUUGCUUAUAAUAAUAAUUUAUUAAAAGAUGAAAACUAUUUUAAAUAUAAUGAUAAUGAUUUAGAUUGUGAACGUAUAUAUCAUUUUUUUUCAAAGUAUUUUAUCAAUAAAAUUUUAUAUGCACGUAAUUUGUCCAAAGCUAUUGAUAAAUAUGUGACUAGCUACUUUAUGAAUAGAUCUACUAAUUAUAAUGAAGUGCUAUGGUUAAUCUAUGAACACGAUUUCUUGUAUUACUUUCGAGAAGAGUUAAAUAAAAAAUGUGAUAUCCAAUUUUUAUCAUUUUAUGAUAUACUAAAAACAUUUAAAGGGGAAUAUGAUUAUUUAAUAUACAAAGCAAUUGAAGAAGAAGAAGAAAAAAAAAAAAAAAAAAAAAAAAAAAAAAAAAAGUAUAAAAAAAAAAACAAUAGUUACCAGAAUGAUACAUUAAUACAUAAUGGUGAUCAAGGGGGAAAUACAAACCAAGUGGAUAAUUUCAAUUAUGAUAAUAAUAAUUAUGUUAAAUUGAAAUGUGAACAAAAUGAUUAUGACAAUAAUCAAACAGUGAAUUAUAAUAAUUCCUUAAUGGAAGAUAAUAAUCAUCAAUAUGAUUAUCAUUUGGAUAAUGAAAUAAUGAAUAUAGAAAUGAAACAAGAACAAAAUAAUAAUAUAAGUAAUAUCGAUGAAGAGAUAGAAUAUAAAGCAUUCGAUUUAAGUGAACAUGCAGAUUAUAUUAAAAAUAUUAGAGAACUGGAAUAUAAGGAUUAUAUGAAUACUGAUGAAUAUGAUAAAAGCAAUGUGAACCUUGAUGUAGAAAAAAAUAUUGGAAAAAAUAAAGAUAAUGAAGCACAAAAUAUUACUUCUCUUGAUAAUAAAGAAGAUGUUUUAAAAAAUGUAUUAGAUAAUUAUAAAAAGUAUAUGCAAAUAAAAAUAAAAAUGAGUAAUGAAAAAAGGGUAACAAACAAUUUUGUACUACCUAUAAAUUCAUCUUCAGAUGGGGAAAUAAUGAAAAAUCUAAAUGUAUCAGAUAUUUCUAGUUUAAAUUUAAAUGAUAAAGCAUCUCAAGAUAUGGUACAAAUGUUUUUGGAAAAUGUAAAUGGUAUGGAUGAUAUUAUGAAUGGUGAUAAUAUAAGCCAUGUUGAUAAUAUAAGCUAUGUUGAUAAUAUAAGCCAUGUUGAUAAUAUAAGCCAUGUUGGUAAUAUAAGCCAUGUUGAUAAUACAAAUCAUGUUGAUAAUAUAAGCCAUGUUGAUAAUACAAAUCAUGAUAACAAUAUAAAUCAUGAUAACAAUAUAAAUCAUGAUAACAAUAUAAAUCAUGAUAACAAUAUAAAUCAUGAUAACAAUAUAAAUCAUGGUGAUAUAAAUAUUAAUGAUUCUUUGUAUGUUGAAGAUAAUUCGGAAUACAAAAAGGAAUAUAAUAUUGAACACAAUGCAGAUUAUUUUGAACUAAACAAUUUAACUUAUAAUGAACAUAUAUUAAGCGACAAAGAUAUGGAUAAUUAUGAAAAAUUACCCAACAGACAUAUUGAAGAAGAGAAACAUAUAUAUACUCAUAAUAUAAAGAACAAGAAGAAGUCUAUAUUGAAUAAGAUACAUUUUGAUAAUAAUAUAUAUAAAAAAUUAGAAUAUGUAAAUAAAUUAAAAACAUUGAAAAAAUGGAAAAUUGAGAAAGAUUAUUAUUAUAAUGGAUUAAAAAGUAAAAAGGAGAAAUUUACAAGAAUAAGUAAAUUUGUUGAAGAAUGUAUGAGAUUAGAAAAAUCCCAAGAUGAUCCUUUUUUCACAUCACCUUAUAAAGAAAAUAUAUAUAUAGAAAAUAAAUAUUUAAUGGAUUCAUUUAUAUUUGAUAAUAUAUAUAAAAAAGUAUUAUAUAUAUCAGAUAAAAAACGAUAUCGAACGUUAACCAUUAAACAUAUAUAUAAAGAAUAUAUAAAUUAUUUUUUACCACGUUAUAAAUCAUUGUUAAUUGAUUAUGAGAAUUACAAAUUUUGUUAUAAUUUUUCAUUCGAUUUAUUAUUUUAUAUACUUUUUUAUUGUUUUAAAAGAUUACAUAUAUAUUGUUUGCCACAUCAUAUUAAAAAUUAUAUUAAUUCGGAUAAUUUUGAUUUAUAUAAAAUUUUUUAUAAUACAUCUGAAUCAUUUUUCAAGCAAUUUAAAGAUAAUGGGGUGAUUUCUUUUCCUCUGAGAAAUCCACAUUUUUCAGAGAUAAAAAAGUUUUAUUUUAUUAGAAAUUUAAAGCAUGGCACACCUUUCAUAUGUAUUCAUAAUUAUGAACAUAUUAAUAAAUAUUACAUAGAAGAAAAAAUGGAUAAAAUAUAUGAUGAUGAAGAUGAUAAUUAUAUUGAUGAAAAUGAUGAAAAUGAUGAUAAUGAUAAUUGUAAUGAUAAUUAUAAUGAUAAUUGUAAUGAUAUUUAUAAUGAUAAUUAUAAUGAUAAUAAUAAUAUUUAUGGUGAAGUAAGAAAAAAAGAUAUUUUAUAUGAAGUUAAAUUUUCCAGAAAAAUAAAACAUGUACCCUUUAAAAUUAAGACGAUUAAUUUUAUGUUAAAUAAAGAAUCAAUGAAAUAUUUAGAAAACUUUAAUGCGACAUUAGUAAAUAAUUUAUAUGGAUUAAUAAAUGAUUUAAUAUAUAAAUUUCAACUUCCAAUUACAAUUCAAAUGUAUGCUAUAAAAAUUUUGAAUGUUGUCUUAUUUAAAUAUCGUUUUUCUAAAUUUCUUCUUAAUGUAUAUACUAAUAAAUAUGAUGAUAUGCAUAUAGAAUUUAAUAAUUUUUAUAAUUAUGAGAAAGUUUAUAAAGACUGUUUUAAAUGUUUUGGUGCAAAAUAUAAGGCUAUGUCAUUAAUUAGUCAUAUAAAUAAAUAUAUUUUAUUUUUAAUGAAAAAAGAAUAUUAUAUUAAAAAAUUUUAUAUUAUAAAUAACGAAUAUUUUAUGUCAGAUAAUAUAACUGUUAAUUAUAAAAUAUAUAAUAAAAUUAAUUAUUUUUAUAAACAGAAAUUUUAUUAUACGUUUCAUAAUAUUUCUUCAUCUAUUUUUUUUUCAAAAAAUCAUUUUUAUAAUUUAGCAACAGGAUGUGUUCUAAUGGCAUGUAAACUAUAUUAUCCUAUGUUUACAACUGAUUUCUUUUGUUAUGAAAAUAUGUUUGUUAAAAAUAAUUUUGAAAGUUUCCAUUUGAAUAACCAUUAUUCAUGUCAUCUUCAAAAUGGCACAAAUAUGUUUAAUGCAUAUUUUAAGGAACCACGCACGUUUUCUUUUUCAUCAAAAAAUAAAAAGAAAAAAAAAGGAAUUGAAAAAAAUAAUAAGGAAGCAAAGAGGAUUAAGAAAAAGAAAAAUACUCCUAUUACUAAAAAUAUGGAUCUAUCAAAACGUAUAUAUGAUAGUGAUCAUAUUAUGAAAAAAAAAAUAAAAAAAUUGAUAAAAAGGAAAAAAAAAGAAAAAUCAAAAAAUAUAAAUAUGAAGACAAUAGUAAAAAGAAAAAUAUCAUAUAUAAUAGAUGAGGAUAAACAUGUGCAAAAACGCUUCAAAAUAUCAAAUCUAAAUGAUUCAGAUAAUAAUAUCUAUGAUAAGAAUGUACUUGUUAAUCAAAAUAUAACCCAUGGAAAUCAUAUAUAUAAUCAUUUGAAUAAUACUAAUAUGGUCCAAAAUAUAAAUUAUUUAUAUGAUCUUGAAAAUAUGAAUGAGGGAGAAGUACAAAAUGUAGAAGAUUAUAAUAAUGAUAUAUUAAAUGUUGUUGAUGAAAUUAAAAAUACAAAUAUGUAUGAUUAUUAUGAAGAUAUGUUAAAAGAAGCUACAGAAGAUAAUAAAUUAUUAAAAUAUAUAAAUAAAAAUGCAAAAUAUUAUCAUGAAAAUUUAUUGGAGGACUUUUUAUUUAACGAUUCAUGUGAUAAUAACAUAUGUGAAACCUUAAUAUGUUUUGAUAUCGAUAAAGAAAAUAUAAAAGGGUUAUCAGAAAAACACAACAAAAAUAAGAAUAAAAUAAUGGAUAAUAACAUACAUAAAAUUUCUCAUAUAUAUUUUGAAUCAUCAAAAGAAAAGUAUACUUAUUAUUUUGUUCCUAUUCCUGGUAUUUUCAAUUUAUUUUCUCAUUACAAAAAAUAUUCCUGCCUUGAUUUUUUGAAAAACGAUUUUAAGAGAUAUCGGAAUAAUGGACGCAUGUCAUCAAAUAAAAAUGAAGAGGAACUUUUUGAAAAUUUGAUAUAUCACAAGGGAGAUAUAGAGAAAAUUUAUAAUGAAAAUGUAGAAAAUAUUGAUGAUAAAGAAAAUAAUGAUGAUAAAGAAAAUAAUGAAGAUAAAGAAAAUAAUGAAGAUAAAGAAAAUAAUGAAGAUAAAGAAAAUAAUAAAGGAAAAAAAAUUAAUAAGGGGGAAAAAAAAAUCCUCGAAUCGAUAAAAAGAAUAAGAACCAUUUUAUCUACUUCUAUAUUAAACGAUGACAAAUUUAAAAUAAAAAGGAGGUUUAUACAUAUUAAAUCAAAUGAAUAUUGUUGUAUGGAUAUGUUACAUAAUACCAGAGACAUAGAUACUAAUAAAAAGGUUGAUAUGAAGAAAUAUAAAUGUAUAAAUGAACUUAAAAGUAUUAUGAAAAUAAAUUAUUAUAUAUCUUGUUAUCCUCAUCAUUUAAAUUAUUUUAACUGGAAUUUGAAUUAUUUGUCCUUAUGUAAUAUAAUUCAUAGAGUUAAAGAGGAAGGUGAUUCAUUUGGUUUGGAAUGUUAUUUUUGGUCUAAUUCAAAUAUAAAGAAUAAAGAACAGAGGAAUAUAACAGGGAAUAUGUAUAGUAAUGUAUUUUUUAAUAAUAUGGAAAGAUAUAAAUCUAAAUAUAUACUAAGACAUUUAUAUGAAAGAGAUAACAUUUAUAAUUAUAAAACAAAUAAUGGUUUAAAUGAAGAAGAAACUAUUUUAACAAGUAAAGAAAAUGAUGUAUUAUUAUACAGUGAUAAUACAAAUAAUAAUAAAGGAAGAACAUUACAUAAAAAUGACAAUAUUUUAGAAAAGCAGAAAAUAUUAUAUAAAAAAAAGUUUAUGAAUUUUGAUUAUAAUAUUUUUAACGAAUUUUUAAAUAUAAAUGAGGAUUAUCAUGAAGGUAAAGAAUAUUAUAAAUUUUUAAACAAUAAUAAUAAUUAUAAUAAUAAAUAUAAUAAUAAAUAUAAUAAUAAUAAUAAUAAUAAUAAAUAUAAUAAUAAAUAUUAUAAUAAUAAUAUUUUAGAAGAUAGUGAAAAUGAAGAAAUUUAUGAAAAGAAUGAAUCCACAAAAAUUAAACUAAUACAUUUAAUUUAUUCAAAAAGAUACGAAAAGAAAUACUUUACAUUUAUUUUCUAUGAAUAUAAUGUGUUAAUUCAAUGUUUUUAUCAUUAUGAAAGUUUAAUAGAUAUGCUAAAAUCAUUGAUAAGUUAUACUUGGAAUAUAUAUCAAAUAUUAUUUUUAUAUUACCAAUUAAAGUAUGAUAUACAUAUUUAUAUAAAAUGUAUGAAACAAUUAUUAAAUAUGUUCGAAUAUUUUUUUGUUAUUACAAAUAAGAAAGAUCAUAUAGAUUCAAGACAUUUUUCUUGUUUUUAUCGAAAUAAAUAUAUAAAGAAAAAAAAAAAGGUUAUAUAUAAAAUCAAAAUUUUCAAUUUUAUGUUGCAAAUGUUUAUUACUAUAUAUCGAGCAAAAUAUAAAUCAUAUAGUAAUUCUACUGAAGCAUGUAAAUGUAUCUUUUAUGAAGAUACCGUAAUUUUUUAUCGUGCCAGGGCUUUCAAUAUUCUUUCUAUUAAAAAUAUGAAUGAAAUACAUUCUCAUUUAAAAUAUAUUAUCAAGUUUGGAUAUAAUUAUUUAAAACAAGUAUUAGAAAAUAUUUUCCAUAUAAAUAAUAUACAAACAAAAAUAAAUAUAAAAAUGAAUGAUUUAUUUAAUACUAUUGUGAAUAUAAUUAAAAUGUCUUAUCAUCAAAAUGAUUAUAUACAUAGUUAUAUAUUUUCAUAUAGAAAAAAUAUGAUGUUCCACAUUGUUGUAUUGAAUGUUUCUUUUUUUCUUAUCAAUUUUGAAAGUACUUUAAAAUUAAUUCAAAAUAAAUAUUACAAUUAUCUAGAUAAUUAUUUAAAAAAAUUUUAUAAUAUGGAUGAAAAUAAUGUGUCUAAUAAUGUAAUGGUUAUAUGUGUUAAGAGAAAUACCAAAAUAUAUGAUGAAAGGAAUAUAAAUGUCAAUAUAAAUCAAAGAAUAAAUGGAUAUACACAUAUAAAUACAAUACAUAAUAAUAUUAAUCUUUAUGAGGAUAAUAUUUUCUCUUUCCUUACAUCCUAUAUACAUAUCCUUUUUCAUUUAAAUAAAACACAAACUAUUGAACCAUAUGUAUUUAAUUAUUUAAAGAACUCACCUAAUAUUCUAAUGAAAAAAAGAAAAAUUCAAUACUUUUUAUAUGAACAAAAAGAUAAUAUUAUAGAAGAUUUUAUAAAUCAAGUUUCUAAAAAUAAUUAUGAAUUUACUGAUAAUACGAUAAUUUGUAAAUUAUUAAAUUGUGAUCGUAUAAUAAAUAUGAAAAAAAAAAAUAUACUGAAAGAUACAUGUACAACCAACCAAUUCUGCAGUAUACAUAAUUUAAGCAUAAAUAAGUAUACAUAUAAUAUAUCACCAAAUUUAAUUAUACAUUUUAUAGUUCAUUUUUUCAAACAUUAUACGAUAUUUAAAAAUGUAAUAAAGAAUUCAAACAGUUUAUUUCUUUUAUAUUAUUGGAAAUGGAUAACACAUAUGAUUCAUAAAUGUUCUGAUUAUGUAAAUACCGUUUUUAUAAAUCAUAAUUUAGCAAAGGGUAUAUAUAAAGAAUUUUAUAAAUAUUCAUUAAAAAAUAGAAAAGGGAACAACAAAUGUUAUGCUAUCAAAGAGGAAAAAAAAAAAAAAAAAAAAAAAAAAAAAAAAAUCAAAAUUGUUAAUUAUUAUGAAUUUUUUAGAAACAUAUUAAGUAUGGAGAGUAGUAUGUUCGAAUAUAAGAAUAAAAUGGGUAUAUUAUGUAAAGAGGAUCAGAAAAAAAAUCAAAAUACACAAAGAAAUGUACAUUUUAUUGAAAAAGAAGGAAGAAAUAAAAGUUAUUAUAGAAACAUACCCAAGAAAUCCUCAUUUUAUCAUUUCCUUGUGAAGCUACACAAUUUAUUUUAUAGUUAUAAACAAAAAUAUGAAAUAAAUAUAUUUGAUAUAUAUAAAUAUUUUAUGAAAUGGAUAAAAAAUACAAAAGAUAUAAUAAAAACUAAUGAAUUCGAUUUUCAUAAAAUGAUUUUCUUUAAUUUGUAUGAUGAAAUAUUUAUGAAAAGGAAAGAUGGCAUAUUGUAUAAUGAACCACAUAGCCAUGAAGAACAAUCUGGAUAUAUAAAAAAAAAGAAAGUUAAAAAAUAUAAAAAUAAUGGAACAUAUUUUAAAUCAUUUUUAUAUUCCUUAAUGAUAGAUAAUGUAGUGAAACAAAAUAAUCAGUUUUUUUUGAUAAAGAAUGUAAAUAAUAUAUUUGAUAAUGUGGACAAAAAUAUACCUGAUCCAUAUCUAAAGGUACAGAAUGAUAAUAUAAAGAAAAAAUCAAACAGGGGAAGAAAAAAAAAAAUAGUAAAUAAUGAUAAUAAUAUAAAUAAUAAUAGGAAUAAUAAUAUAAAUAAUAAUAGUAAUAAUAAAAGAAAAGGACGUUAUGUAAGAAGAAUAUAUUCAAAGUCACAAGGGCAGGGAGAAAUGAAUAUGCCAGUUACCAAACUGAACAUAUUUAAUAGAAGUUAUAAAAAAAAAAAUAUAUCCGGAUAUAAUAAAUUAAGAUAUAAUAAAAGAAACAUAAUUAAAGAUAUUGAAAAGAAGAAUCAUCAUAUAGAUACAAACAUGUUGAAUUACAAUAUUACGUAUAAUGAAAAUCAAAUUAUUGAUUUAGUAGUAAAAAAAAAAAAAAAAUUAAAUGGUAUUCUAUAUUUGAUGGAACCAUUAGAUUGUGUAAAUAUAUAUGAAAGCGUAAAGCUUUAUGCAAAUUUACAUAGUCUUUUUUCAUGCAUACCUUUAAAUUAUAGAAUAUAUAAAUAUAUAUUAAAAAAAAUGUCAAAAGAAAAUAAAUCAAAGGAUUCUAUAAAAAAACAAAAAAUGAAUAUUGAAAAAAAUAAAGCAAAUAAUCCAUCGUAUAAUAAUAUAAGAAAUGAUUCUAUUACAAAUAAUGAGUAUAGAAAUGUUGAUGUUCUUUUUCCUUAUGAAGACCAAAAUAUAAAUAAUAUGAAUGAUGAUAUAAAAUAUAGUAAUAACAAUAAUAAUAAUAAUAAUAAUAUUAUUAUUAAUGAUCAUAUUUAUGAUGAAUAUAUUUAUUUAUCUACAGAUGAUGAUUCUUACAAAAGUGAUACUAUAUAUUCACUUAAAUUAAAACAUUUAAAAAGUUAUAAUCGUUUCAAAAAAAAUAUGAAACAAAACAUAAAUGAUUUGUAUAUAGCAACUAAAGAAGAACCAUAUUGCCUUUUAAACAAAUGUACGUCCUCUAUAAAAUCAAUUAAUAAUAAUAUCCCCUUAUUUCAUGAUACUUAUAAAUUAUAUAUAGACAUAUAUCUUAAAGGACAUAUAUCUAUUCAUAAUAAUAUGAAUAAUUAUUUGUCUAAAUGUUUAGAUUAUAAUAUGUUUGAAUGGAAUAACAAUUUAGAUAUUUAUGAUCCCUUUUUAUUUAGUAACAAUAUGUGUUAUAAUUUUGGAGUGGAUAAUACGGAAAAGAAUAAAUCAAAUAAUACGAAAUAUAAUAAAAAAUAUAAUAAGACGAAUCAUGAUAUAUAUUAUAAAAAUAUAUGUGGAUUAAAUAAUAAUACUUUUCAUAAGUAUUCAGAACAAAAAGAAAAUAGCAAUAUAUCAUUUAAUAUUACACAUAAAAGAAAAAAAAUGUCAGAUAUGCAUAUCUGUAUAUAUAAUGACUCUUCCUAUUUUAAUAUUAAUAAUAUGAGUAUAAAAUCAGAAAUACAUAAAACCGAUAAAUAUGAAGAAUAUUAUAUAAAUUAUAAUUUGAAUAGAAACGCACAUUUUGAAUUUCAUUCAAGUAUUAAUGGUUUUUUAUUAAGACUGAAAAAUGAAUAUAUAAAGAGAAAGAAUAAAAAUUUGUAUAAUAUAAUAAAAAAAAAGAAUCAUAUAUAUAAAAUUGAAUAUAUUCAAAAUGUUAUAUAUACAAAUAAAUAUACUUAUUUUAUAUUUUCGUGUUUUGUAUAUCCAGUUAUACAAAUUAUAAGAGUCAUUUAUUUAUUUUCAUUAAAAUAUUUUCCUACGUUAUUUCUUAAAACAAUUAAUUAUCUAAAUUAUAUUAAAGUGGAUGAAAAUCUUGUGCAGUUUUUAUAUGCAGAUGAUUUUGAAGUGUUAGAUUCAUUAUUUCAUAAAUAUUCCUUAUCCAAAUAUUUUGGAUCAAUCUUUCAUAUUUUAAGAUUUCAAGGAUAUCAUAUAAAUCCUUUUUCCUUUUUAGGCAGCAUAUGUUAUAUUAAAGAAAUAAAAAUCAUUUGUCAUUUUUUUAAAAUAUAUACAUCACAUGCUAUCAACACCUUGCACAAUGUCAUAUCUUUAGAUAAUCCAAGAAAUGAAAUAGAAAUUUUCAACCUAGAAAAAUGUAUAAAUAAAGAAAAUCCUUAUGUUAAAGAUGAUACAUAUAUAUGUAAUCAAAAUGAUAAAAAUAACGCAUCUACAGAAUAUAAUUCAGAAAAAGCAAAACACACAAAAAAAAAUUGUUUAUUAAUAAAAAAAUACAAAAAAAUGUCAUCUCAAUGGGAUCUGCAUAAUAUAUUUAAUAAUAAUGUGUUAGUUGUAAAUUUUGGGGAUGAAAAAAAUAAUAAUAUAGAAAAUAAAAAAAUAGCUAAUUUUUUUAAUACUGAUAAUAGUUGUAUGAUUCAAAAGGAGGCACAGAAUUAUAAAAACAAAAAUAUUUUUAACGAAAAAGAUAGACCAAAAGAAAAAAAUAAUAAAAAUAAUAAAAAGAAAAAAAGAAAUAAUAAAAAUGAUAAUAAUAAAAAUGAUAAUAAUAAAAAUGAUAAUAAUAAUAAUAAUAAUAAUAAUAAUAAUAAUAAUAAUGAUGAUGAUGACAAUAAUAAUAACACAAAUUUUCUUAUGGAUGAAAGUUUAAAUACUUUUUUUGAUGAAAAUAUCGAUUAUUUUAUAGAUGUAAAUGCUAAUCAUCAUAUGCAAAACAAUCUUAAUAAUGAUACACGCGAUGAUGUUUUGAAUAAACAUUUAAGAAUAAUUAAUAAAUUUGAAAAGAACAUAAAAAAAUGUGAGAAUUCUGAUAUAAUCAAUAUCAAUAAUUUUUUUAAAGGUAUAUAUAAAGAUAGAAAAAAGAAUAUUAAAAAUGCUUCAAAACAUGUAUUUAAUGAUGAGAAUUAUGAAUUGGGAAAAGAACUAAGAAUACCGAGAAUAUUUAGUUAUGCAAAAUUGUGUAAUACUUCUUUUGUUCCUUUUGUUGAAAAAAAAAAGAAAAAUGACAAAAAUAAAAAGCAUAUGAAGUCACAUUAUACGAAUAAAAUAUUGGGGAAAUCUUAUCAUAAAGAUAGUUGUUUAGAACAACAUCAAUAUAUUAUGGCAAAUAAUGAAACAGAUGGAAUUAUUGUGUUACAAAACUUAAAAGAAAAAAUGAAUAACAUAGCUAAUGAAAAAGAAAAUGAAAAGAACCAAAAAAAUAAUAAUAACAAUAAAUCCAUUUACAAUGAUCAAAUUAGUAUAAAUGAUAACCAAAUACAUAAUUCUAAUAAUUAUAUGAUAGAAGAAAAGUGUAACAAUCAAUAUGUGAAUUUACCAGGAGAAUUUAUUGAGAGUGGGUCUAUAAUAAAUAGCAACACCUGUAGUAACGAUAAAAAUGUGUAUAGUGUUGAUAACACAAGUAUUAACCUGAGUAGGGUAAAUUUAAGUUUUUCGGAAAGUAAUAUUGGUGUUUUUGAAUCUGAACAGGGGAAAAUAAGUAAAAAUAAUGUAUAUGGUGAUAAUAAUGCAUAUGGUGAUAAUAAUGUAUAUGGUGAUAAUAAUAUUUAUGGUGAUAAUAAUUCAUGUGGUAACAAGUUCAAUGGUAAAGGUCUUGGGAAAAAUAAACAUGAAAAAAUAGAUAUGUUGUAUUAUAAAUGUUUUAAGGAAAAUGCACAUGAAGAAAAAAUAAAAUACUUUUCAAAACCAUCCGAAACAAUAAAUUUAUAUAAUAUUAUCAUGAAAUUUUUAAAUGAAAAAAUAAUGUUACAUAGUGAUUCGAUAACAUAUGAAAAAUAUCGUAAAAAAAAUUCAGUAGAAUUUAAUCAUAUUGUAUAUAGAGAAUUUACGUUGCAUACAAAUUAUUAUUCGGAAGCUUAUAAUAAAAAUGUUUUAAAUGAAUUUAUAUAUAUUUUUUAUAGUAAUAAUUUUAGAAAUAAUUAUUUACAAAAAGGCCAUGAUGAUAAAGACAAGAAAAAAAAUGUAAUAAAAAUGGAGGAAACAGAAAAGAAAAAAAAUAAAGGUGAUGAUGACAAUAAUAUUAGUGAUAUGAAAAAUAAUAAGGAAAAUAUAAAAUCAUCAUAUAUUAUGAAUGAAAAUGACGAAUUAGAACAAAAUCAUUUAUUAUUUAAUUUACCAGAUGUAGAAAAGGAAACUAUUAUGUUUCAAGAUAAAAGUGAUAUAUCUAGUCAAUAUAAUGAAAUAAUGAAUAUACAAGAACCUAUAAUAAAUACCCCAUCUUAUCACGAUAAUUCUAUACACAAUGAUGUAUCUUUAUUAGAUAAUGUUAAUGAUAUGGAACAAUCAUAUAUUUCAUCGGAUUAUUACGACAGUAGUGAUAUAAGUGAUGACGAAACAAAUGAUGAUGGAUAUAUAAAUUGUUCGUUUUAUAUACACAAACCAGUAUAUAUUUUUGAUGAAGAAAAGGAUAAAGAAGAGAUGGAACAAAAAAUGAAAAAUUCUAAUAUUAAGACAAGUCGUAAGAGGAAUAUGUUUUACCACCCAAGAACAAAUGAGGAACAUAAUAUGAAUUGUAAUAACUCUUACAUUAUAAAAAAUAAUAAAAAAAAAACUUACAAUUAUUCAACAAAUCAUUUUAAAAAACUUAAAAGAGUAUUUAAAAAGUUAAUAAAAAAAAUAGAAUGUGAUAUGAAUAUCAAAAAAAGAUGCUACAAAUUAUAUGACAAAAAUCAUAAAUUCUUAAGGAGAGAUUAUAAGUGUACAAAACAUAAAAAUGAAUGGGUAAAAUUUAUGAACCAGUAUGUAAAUAAAAAAGAAAAUACAAAUGAUUUAUUCAAAGGUGAUAAUAUCCUUAUUAAUAGUGUAUACAAUCAAAUAUAUACAUAUGAUAAUGAGGUAAAAAAUAUUAUAAGAAUAUAUAAGAAGCAAAAAAUGUUCCUAAAAAAUAUGAAACAAAAAUCUUUUUCUAACAAAUAUAAAAAUGAAUAUCCAUGGAUUGGUGAUAAUAUUUUUAUCUCACCAAACAACAUUAAUAAGUUUAUUUUGGGAGGAUAUAUCUCAGUUUUAUCUCACCAAAAUAUGUCUUAUUUAAAAAAUUUUAAUUAUCAUUCAGCAAGUGCUGACAUUCCCUUAAAUUUUUUAAGCCGUUCAAAGCAUUUAGAUUCAUUGAGUGUCAUGUUGUGUUUGCUGAUAAAAGUUUUAGGUUUGUAUUUGGAUUGCUCACCGUAUGAUUUAAUAUUGGCAUGUAAAGAAAUUGAAAAAUUGCUCAAAAUAUUAGUGUAA